AUGUUCGAAAAGUCACUCGUCGACCUUAUUCGGGGUCUACGAGGCCACAAGGGAAAUGAGACGGAAUACAUCCAAGGCGCUCUGAAAGAGUGUCGGAGCGAGAUUCGUUCCCAGGACCUGGACCUCAAGGCGACCGCACUGCUCAAGCUCAUUUAUCUUGAAAUGUUUGGCUACGACAUGACCUGGGCCGCGUUCAACGUCUUGGAAGUCAUGGCCUCCCCUAAGCCGGCCCAGAAACGAGUUGGCUACCUGGCCGCCGUCCAGAGCUUCCGACCAGAGACCGAGGUCCUGAUGUUGGCCGAGAAUUUGUUGAAAAAGGAUCUCACUUCUCCUUCAAUACCUGUACUCACCCUGCCGUUAGUCACACUGCCGCACAUUGUGACAUCGUCUUUAGCACUGUCGAUUCUGACUGAGCUUAUGCCACGACUGUCACAUUCACAACCCGCCGUGCGCAAGAAGACCAUCGUUACGCUGUACAGGCUGGCUCUGGUGUAUCCAGAGACUCUGAGAGUGGCUUGGCCAAAGAUCAAGGAGAGGUUACUAGACGAACAGGAAGACAGCAGCGUUACUGCCGCCACUGUAAAUGUCGUCUGUGAGCUCGGGUGGCGAAGACCCCAGGAUUUUCUGCCCUUGGCACCAAGGCUGUUCGACCUCCUCCUUGCUCAGAAGAACAACUGGAUGGGCAUCAAGAUUAUCAAAUUGUUCGCAGUCUUGACUCCCCUCGAACCACGAUUGGUCAAGAAACUAGUCCGGCCCCUGACGAAGCUGAUCCAAGAGACAACAGCAAUGUCGUUACUCUAUGAAUGUAUCAGCGGGAUCAUCCAAGGAGGAAUUUUAGAUGGCGCCGAAAGCGGCGUAGAUGUGGAGGAAGUGGCCGAUCUCUGCAUUUCCAAAUUGAGAGGAAUGAUUGUAUUGGAUGGCGACCCGAAUCUGAAAUAUGUCGCUCUCCUGGCGUUCAACAAGAUUGUGGCCACCCAUCCUGCGCUAGUUUCGAUGCAGCAGGAUGUUAUUAUGGGCUGCUUGGAUGACCCGGAUAUUUCGAUCAAGAUGCAGGCUUUGGAAUUGGUCUCGGGCAUGGUCAACAGCGACAAUUUACAAGCCGUUGUCAAUCGCCUCAUUAAACAGCUUGCCGGCUCAGCAUCAGCCACCGCGGCCGCAAACGGACGUAUGGAAGAAGAGCAAACAGACAUGGAGCAGAGGCUGGUUCCGGACAAACGAGGAUCGGAAAAUAUUCCUUUGCCAGAUGAAUACCGCUACGAAAUCAUCAGCCGAAUUCUCGACAUGUGCUCUCACAACACUUAUGCCAACAUUACCGAUUUCGAAUGGUACAUCGAAAUACUGGUCCAUUUGGUCAGACACCUUCCGGCGGGUACAGAUGCGGCUUUGUCAAGAGCUGCACCAGAAGAUGACACCUCUUUAGGAGCCCGGGUCGGAGGUCAGCUUCGCGAUAUCACGGUCCGAGUCAAAGAUCUCCGACCAGAAACGACUAAGGCCGCCGAAACCUUGGUGUUGUUGUCCAACCGCGCAAUCGCUUACCCGCAACAUGGCACCGGUCAAAGCCAGGUCAUCAAAUCAGCAGCCUGGAUCAGCGGUGAAUUUGCCAUGUAUUUGUCCAACCCAUAUGAGGUUCUCAACUCGUUGAUCCACGAGUCGUCCGGACAAUUUACUCCAACAACUUUGGCAAUAGUCAUCCAAGCCAUCCCGAAAAUCAUUGCACGGAUCGCCACAACGGCUGACCGCGAAUGGAAUGCCUCGAGGGGCGCGACAAUGUCUCUAGUGCUGGCGAGGACAACUGAGUUUCUGGAGAAACUUUCGUCCCAUCCCAACCUCGAGGUGCAGGAGAGGAGCGUGGAAUUUCUUGAACUUCUGCGCCUGGCGUCAGAAGCGCUCUCUGCACAAGGCGGAGAGAGUCUUCAGGCACCGCUCUUGCUGACCUCUGCAGUCCCAACGCUCUUCAGUGGCAUGGAACUCAACCCUGUCUCGGCGGCAGCACAGAAGAAGGUUCCACUACCGGAAGAUCUAGACCUCGAUGCGCCCAUUAAUCCCGACCUGUCUACGGUCUUACAAGAGUCGCAGGUUGCGGAUGUAGACGAUCACGCGGAGGAUGCAUUUCAGUCUUUCUACCACGAUCGCGAACCUGUACAUGCUAUCACGCCGCUACACCCACAAACAGCAGCGGCUUACUUGGACGCCGCCGCUGCUGCUUCUUCCGAGAGCGCACCGCUCUCAUACCAAUCUGCGCCUGAGUCUCCAGCAACGCUGGCCAGGCGUAAGGCUGAGAGGAUGGCCCGGAACAAGGACGAUCCAUUCUAUAUUGCUCCUUCCGAUGACACGGAUCCUCAUUUCCACGACAUCAUCAGCACGACCAACGGCGACGAAGAGCUCGACGUCGACUCGAUCCCAAUCAUUGACCUACAUAUCGACCGUAAGCAAACGACCGCGACGAGAGCAGACACGGAGGGAGAAGAACGCAAACCGAGAAAGAAGAAACCCACCCGGAGAUUCGUCGUGGCGGCGGACGAGACGCUCGAGUCUUCAACGGCGACCACACCCAUCUCGCAGUCAUUCUCGAACUCGAGCCCCUUCGCGGCCCUAACCCAGGUCCAGCGGACUCGGUCACUGAGUCCCAACGCGCAACCGCGCGGCGCACACUCUCGGCCAACGCGCACACUCCUCUCGGUAGACUCGUCGACGCUGGAACACCUCAGCCUCGAAGGCGCCGGCCCAGCGGAAACCGAGUCGGAGAUCCUCCGACGCGAGGCCGAGGAGCUGGAGAUGGCGAUUGCGCUGCGCGAGGUGGAGAGGAAGAGGCUCGAGAUGCAGCGUGAGCUGGAGCGGCAGCGGACGGUGAUGGGCGAAGGGGUGGACGCCGAGGGCACGGUCGUGAGGCGGAAGAAGAAGAAGAAGACGAGGCCCAAGGUCGCGACGGCGCAUCACACGGGUGAGGAAGCCAUCACGGUUGAGCCUGAGGGCGGCGGCGAUGGCGACGAGGAAGGGUCCGUCAAGAAGAAAACGAAGAGGAGGAGGAAGGUCACGCUUGGCGAGGGGGUUGCUGAGACGGAGGCGACGGAGAGGCUGGAACGCGAGACCGCCACCGAGGAGCAAUUGUGA